AUGGGUACUUCACCAGAAUCAACUGCGACCGACUUGGAACAAGCACAUCCUGAAAAUGCGGGGAAUCGAAGUGGAGAUAUCGCUGAUGUCGACUAUUCGGUCUUUACCGUUAGCCAAAGGCGAUAUAUUGUUUUCAUGGCUUCGUGGGCUGGGUUCUUCUCUCCCGUUUCGUCGCAGAUCUACUUCCCGGCUUUAAAUACUCUCGCCAAAGACCUUCAUGUCUCAAAUUCUUUGAUUAAUCUGACCUUGACUAGCUACAUGAUCUUUCAAGGACUGUCGCCCAUGUUCAUUGGUGAUUUCGCCGAUAAAGCUGGAAGACGACCAGCCUAUGUCGUGUGCUUCACAAUCUAUAUCGCGGCUAAUAUCGGCUUGGCUUUGCAAAAUAAUUAUGCGGCGCUUUUCGUUCUCCGAUGCCUGCAAAGUGCGGGAAGCAGCACCACCAUCGCACUCUCGUCGGGCGUAGUCUCGGACGUGGCGACUGCAUCUCAGCGUGGCUCAUACAUGGGCCUUGUGACAGCGGGUUCUCUCCUAGGGCCCUCGGUGGGUCCAGUGAUUGGAGGUCUCCUUGCUCAGUACCUUGGCUGGAGGUCCAUAUUUUGGUUCCUCGUCAUCUUCUCGGGGGCGUUCAUGGUUCCGUUCCUAAUGUUCUUCCCCGAAACAGCCCGUGGUGUCGUUGGCGAUGGAUCUUUGCCGCCUCAGAAAUGGAACAUGUCUCUGAUCAGCUAUUUGAGGUCCCGGAAAGCUCGUGACGAAGGUGUCGAGUCACCAGCCGGCACAAAGCAGAAGCUCAGUUUUCCCAACCCAUUGCAGACACUGGCCAUCGUAUUCCAGAAAGAUACCAGCAUCGUCUUGUUCUGCAACGCGAUUCUCUUCGCUGGCUUCUACGAUGUCAGUGCGACAAUUCCGUCGAUCUUCAACGAACUAUACGGUCUGGACGACCUGCAGAUCGGCCUGUGCUACAUUCCCUUUGGACUUGGCGCGAGCAUUGCAUCAAUUUUGAAUGGUAGAUUCCUCGACUACAAUUAUCGCCGUAUUGCGAAUAGCAUAAACUUCCCGUUGGUGAAGAACCGCCACGCGGAUCUGCGGAAUUUCCCAAUCGAAAAAGCUCGUCUUCAGAUCGCCUUUCCAAUGCUAGCAAUUGGAAGUCUGAGCAUCCUCGCAUUUGGUUGGUGUUUGAACUUUGGUGUCCAUCUCGCUGCGCCUACCACCAUUCUAUUCUUAAUGGGCCUUACCCUCACAGGCGCUUUCAACACAGUCAGCACCCUGCUGGUGGACUUUUACCCCACCCAGGCAGCCAAAGCUACAGCCGCCAACAAUUUUGUGCGAUGUUUGCUCGGAGCUGGCGCGACUGCCCUUAUCGACCCUAUGCUCUCGUCCAUGGGUCGUGGAUGGUGUUUCACAUUUAUUUCUCUGGUCAUGCUUUGUACGUCUCCGCUGCUCUUGAUCGAGAUCCACAACGGUCCUAAAUGGCGUGAAGAGCGCCGUUUGAAAGAAGAAGCGAAGAAGCUCGGGAGUAUCACAUCCCCUGUAGCCGCGAGGCAGAACGAGAAGUCUGUUACAGAUGCUUAA